AUGCAAGUAGCGGGAAUCCUCUCCGAUCUCACGUCUUUGCGCGUCUGUGAUUACAACGACGCUCUGGCACUCGUUACCAUUCAAGAGAGAUUGGAUUCUCACCCGGCAGAGAAGCAAUCACAGCCCAGCAACAGGGAAGAAACACCUGCUCUGCAGCAGGAAAAGGAUCAGCUACGCCAAGCAAAGGAGCUAGUCGAGCUACAUCAUGAUGUUAAGGCUAGGCAUGCUUCGGGGACCGUGGAUGAAGGGCUGGCCAAUUUGAGGCAAGACGUUCAACGUGUCUUACUGGAGCUGAGGCCCCGCGCAACGCUACCAGAAUGA